AUGGCACCUAAUUUACUGAUUGUUAUUUUAUGUCCAAUUGUCAUCGCAAAAUUGAAUUCAUCUUCUCUGGAACAUCAUUUACAACGAGCAAUAUGUACUGGUCUUAUAAUACCAACACCUGAAGUUUUUACAUGUGACCAAAUAUUUUAUGAUAACAGUUAUCCUCCCAACUAUAAAAUGCCACGUCAGCUGAUACACAUGCAACCCCUCGGAUUAGAGCAAGAUGUGCCUGAAUAUGAUAUGGACAGUUCCGAUGAAGCUUGGGUUAACCAAAAUAGGCGUCUCGAUUUAAGUCCAUUGAAAUUUGAGCAAAUGAUGGAUCGUUUGGAAAAGAGUUCAGGUCAAACAGUUGUUACGUUAAGUGAAGCUAAAGGACUCCUCAAGCAAGAUGAUGAAGUCAGCAUAGCUGUGUAUGAUUACUGGUUAAAUAAAAGAUUAAAAAUGCAACAUCCGCUAAUACUCACUGUUAAGACCGAAAAUCGUCCGGGUGCAUCAUCCAAUAAUCCGUACUUAGCAUUUCGUCGUCGUACUGAAAAAAUGCAAACACGCAAGAACCGCAAAAAUGAUGAAGUGUCCUAUGAAAAAAUGCUUAAGUUAAGACGUGAUCUUCAACGUGCCACUACGUUGCUGGAAAUGGUCAGGAAACGUGAGGUAACAAAGCGUGAAGAACUACAGUUAUCCUUACAGAUAUUUGAAAAGCGGGUAGAGGUGCGUGAUUUUAGUGGUGCUCUAAUGACAGAGUUUAGUUCUACAUAUAGAACACGACCCGCAUUUACACCGUUGUAUACGAAUCAAUACUCACAUCAUUCAUCUUCUGCUGGUUCUACACCGACAGGCCCUGUAUCAAGUGGAAUUGGUAAUGUACUGACAUCUGGUUAUAGUGCCAACGUUAAUAACAAUGUGGGCAGUGGACAUUUGUAUUCAUCGUCACAGUACCUGAAUUCAUCAAAUCUGGCAAUUGAUUCAAUAAAUGUUAGUGGCACAGGAAUUCGUAAAGAGAAACGUCAGUAUAAAAAACGGAAACACAAAUUGCCGCGAGAUAAGCAGCAACAUCUUCAACAACAGUAUUUAGCUGGCGUGGGUAUGAUGCCUUCGUCAGUAACGUCAGGUGUAGUGGGGAACUCGUCCAUAGCCGGUCAUCUGCCUCACUUACAUCACCUACAUCGUCAAAGUUCGUCACCCGCCGCUAUUGAAUCAAAUCUUGAUACAGAAGAAGAAGAAUACGCUGCCGGCAGUGGUCAGCAGAAAGCUGGUUCUGAAAGCGAAGAGGAAGCUCCAUUUGCAUUUAGAAGAAAACAGUCUUGUAAUUACCAUAAGCCUAAAGAUCAUCUUGGAAAUUGGCCGUGGGAAUCGAAGGAUAAUCAUGGAUUUGGUGAUCCACGUUAUCGCUUCACCUUGACGUCGUUAAGAUAUCCAAAGCCACGCUGCAUUGGUUUCGCACGUCGUAGACUUGGACGUGGUGGUCGUGUGAUAAUUGAUCGAGUUUCCACUAACUUUGAUGAUGUCUGGUCACAACUCGAUUAUACAAUAUUAGAAAGUACAUCCUGCGUAAAUAGAGUUAAUGUAUCCGCCUCGCCUCCAACUGUUAUAGACUUACCCAAUGAAAAUGUAAAAGAAGAACCGCCAAAUACAAGUGUUCCACCUGUUUCCAUUAAAACUGAGCCAAAUACGGAAGAGGUAUAUCAAACAAUAGUGGCAGAUCAGACAAAUGCAGACGAUGGAAUUGAAGCUGAUUUUGAUGAAGACAUCGAUGAAGAUUAUGAAAAUAUUACCCGCGAUAAAAAUUAUACAUCCGCCCUUUUAUUACGAAGACAACGUCAUCGAAAACGUAACCGAAGGCAUUGGCUUAAUAAUGCAAACAGUCUUAAUAAAGGAUCGACAUUUAGGAUUCUUAAGCAUAAUUCAGUUGGUAAUAAAGAAAGUAAAAAAUCAACUGAUAGUUUUAAGCCCAUACCUCGUCACAUUUUGCAUCGUUUGGCAGAAGCUGUUGAUCGUAAUUUAAGUAAUAAGCGACCCAAAAUAUCGUAUGAACAUCAAAAUGGUGUUGCCGUUGCUGAAGAAACUGUUGUGGAUGUAAACCAAAGCAUCGCAACAGGAGAACUGCAACGGACAAACCAUCGCACGAACAAUGUUGUGCUAAAUAGCAUCAACCCAACCACCAAUAAUAAUAGUAAUAGUAAUAUUAAUAAUAAUGUUAGCUUAAGCGACAAAUUUAAUGUGAUAAAGAAUGAAAAUACCACAGUUGCAGAUAUAGGUAGAGAGAUAAAACAAGAGUUGAUUGAUACUGCUGAUGAUUCCAAUGAACCAUUAAGCACAAUACAACGACUGCGAGUGGAAUCGUCAGUUGACGUACCUUACGAUGAAGAAAAUGUUAAUUUAAAACAGCUAAGUAAUCUCAUUAGGCAUACUAUUAAGAAGGAACCAGUUGAAAAUAAUGAAACAAGUGGAAUAAAUCCUAUAGUAAAUUCAUCGAUUAAAUUGGAAUCCAAUGAUGAUGAUGAUGAUUCGCCUUCAUUAAACCAAGUGGCUGAUGUGAUACGUUUGAGAAAUCUAGAGAACAAGAGGCAUGUGACAGAAACUACACAACCAACGAAAACAGAACCUGUACUGGAAAGCUUCGCUAGUGACUAUCACAAUGAAGAUCAUGAGUACUAUAUGGGAAGCUUAUCACCAAGUUCAAGUCAACGUUUAGAAAUAUGCAACGAACUUUUAUCAGAGAUCAGAAGAGAUUGGUUGCACUUUAGACCAAAAACCCCGACUGAUGAGUUAUUGGAUAAUAGUAUUGGUAAAGUGCCGUUACUUAACGAUGAACAAACACCGCUAGUCGACUGGUCACAACAAACCCCUGUAGAAAUAGAAUUAUUACGCGUUCCUGCGGAGUCAAUAAUUGAUGACGAUAAUAAAGAAAGAAAAAUACCUGCACCUGCACCAAAUUCAUUUUGGGAUACUCAUUGUGAUGAUGCAUUAUUCGUUAGUAAUAGUUUCAAGUACGCCGAUUUAGAGCCAGAUACAGAACUGUUGCAACCCGUGUAUGUUUCCGAUUUUACUCGUGGUAGCAGUAAAAGUCCGGAAGGCAAUACGGGUAACUCAAACUCAGGAAUGGACUUUAAUCUUAGCGGUGAUUCACUUAAUGACAUCAAUUUACUGGAUGAUAGUGAUGAAACUGAUGAAAAUAUGCUUGACAACAUAUUACAAGAAUGUCAAAUUGAUGAGAUUAAGACACUAAAUCAAGCAACUAGUUUCUGGAAUGGAAUAUUAGAUGGAGAGGCAGUAGAUGAAGUUACCGAUGUUGAUGUUGCAGCUGGAAUUUUAGAUUGCAUAGAUGACAAAAAAUUACGCAAUAAGUCGCGAUUAAAGAUUGAAAGAAAUCAAAGCAAACAAGAUUUUGGUAGUUCAAAUUUUACUAUUUUGAACUCG